GAAGUGAGCAACAGCCGAAACUGCAAAUGAUUCUGCUCUCGGCUCUAGUGAGGAGGAAGUCAAGCCACAUAAACAGGUACAUCACCUUCAAACAGCCACACAGCAUCAUCCGACGGAGGGCCAGCAUGUCUGUGGAUGCCACUAAGUUAUUAUUUGAGGGUUUUCUGCAGAAAAGAAAAGACUCUUUGAAAGUCUGGUGGGUCACGUAUUGGUUCAGACUCCAAAACACAACCUUGUUCUUCUACACUGAGAAGAAUGGUGGAGCUUCACACUUGAGAGGUUAUUACUACAUUUACACAGUGCAAUCCGUGCGAGAAGUCGACAGAGCUGACAAGAAGCGCUUCAUAUUCGAAAUAAUCAUGACAAAUGGAAAGAGGAAAGUGCUGGCCGCGGAAACAGCAGCUCUUAGAAAAAAGUGGGUGGGACAUCUCUGGCAAGCCAUGCAUCUGUCAGCUUCCUGGGUCUCGGACUCCAGAGACGCAUACUUUGAGGUGGACCAGCAGCAGGACAGACUGAACAUCGACACACCCGUCUCCUCCGACCAGCAGCAGGACAGAUUGAACAUCGACACACCCGUCUCCUCCGACCAGCAGCAGGACAGACUGAACAUCGACACGCCCGUCUCCUCCGACCAGCAGCAGGACAGACUGAACAUCGACACGCCCGUCUCCUCCGACCAGCAGCAGGACAGACUGAACAUCGACACGCCCGUCUCCUCCGACCAGCAGCAGGACAGACUGAGCAGCGGCACGCCCGUCUCCUGCGACACUGACAGUGUUGGGGAUUUGCUGCCUGCUCGACCGAUUUCAGCUCCGGCUUCUUCAAAUCACAUAAACCCCGAGGUCUGGAGCACGACCUCUCCCGUCUGCCAGCCCGAAGAGGCGGAUUGCAUAUUUGGAAUUUACCAGCCCACAGCCUGUACCCACCAGAAUCCCAGUGAUGACGAUCUCAACGAUACUCGGUGGUCCGGUGGGCUUGAAAACACAGCGGACACACAAGGAGACUACGACGUCCUACCGCUCAGAAACAAGAUAUGUGUUCUCGAAACUUCGGCGGAAGCUGAGGAGCCCAUUUAUGACAGUCCUCUGUCAUACAGAAACUUUCCUGCAUAUCAAGAAGAAUCCAUGGAGAACAUCUACGACAUGCCAAGCUCUCUCCUGAGGAAGCUGUCCGUCCACAACACAGACGAGAAACUGAAGGAAGAGGAGCUCUUCUUCACGCUGUGACGUUUUGCUCUUUUCUGUGACAAUCUCUGAGUAACUUCUUAACCUUUGUGUUGUGGCUAAUGAUAGAAGAUGGUUCACAGUGGUGAAAAAGAAUACAACAACGAGGUUGAACUCUGAUAUUUAUUUCCUUUCCAUGUAUACAACACCGAGAACCACAGACCCAGUUUUACCGACAGAGAUCAGGCUGCACAGAAUAACACACAGCGGUGUGUGGUUAAACAACUCAUUCACGUCACCUGGUUCACAGUUUACAAAAUAUACACCAUCGACAUAGAUAUUGCUGUAUUACAAACUUUGGAGUAGAUUAAGAGGGAAUGAUCCAAGCAUACAUUUAUUAGAAUAAUAUCUGUUCUGUUGCACAUCUGGAAAACAUGACUUCACGAUGCAGGAUUUAAUGUCUUUGUUUUCUUUACAGAAAAAAGACACUCAUCUCUAACUACAUAGUGUCUGAUUUCAUCUUUUCAGUUUUGAAGCUGGCAGAUGUUUUUUUUUUUGUUUGUUUUUGAAUGAAUCAAAAAUCAAAUUUACAAAUAAAAAUAAAAAGUGCAUCAUAUCUACAACACUGAGUUCCCAGAGUAGCUUUAAACACCAAACAUCACACCAUAAACACACAGUAUCUUUAUCCAUGACAUGGAAAACUAGUUUAGUAGUGCAGAUUUUGAUUUGAAUGUCAGUUACAGAUGAAGGCGUAAAUUACAAGCAAUGCAGAAAAGUGAUUUGUGCAUUUGCAAUAUUGUCACAUUCAGGAACUAAUGGCCAAAGUCAUUUUAAGUUAAAACAACACCAAACAAAUAAAUGUAGUAUAUUUGAUAUAUUUUUCAAACUAUUAUUUUCUUGUGAUUCAAGCGAAAUAAAAGAUUCUUGACAGAUGGAGGCUCCUCUACCAGAGGAUCAUCAAGAGCUGGAAAACAUAAAUCAUUUUGGUCAGACCAUGACAGAGGCCAUCAGUUCAGGAAUGUCUCGCCUGGAUACUUGUUAGUGGAAAAACAAUCUAAAUACUGAAGAAACUCCUCAUCAUUGUCAGUCAGCGAAACAAUAGAAAUAUUUGGUUUGUGGUAUCGUUUGUGUUACAGGAUCACACAACAUAAAAAU